AUGACCACAGGAGAAGGAGACAGGUUGCCCAACUCUGGGCUGUCUCUCUCUCUCUCUCCGUCCCUCUCUCUGUCUGCUGAUGUCGCGGCUAAGCUGGAUGGGAGAUCGCUGCGACGUAACAAACCAGCAUCAUCCUCCUCCUCCGUCAACACCCCGCUGCAUAACUCGCUUGCGGGCUGUGUGGCUCCCUCCCAGUGCUCCCUCGUCGUCGAAUCGGAAUGCGAACGUGCCCGCAGGGCCAAGCACCAUCGACAAGAAAGCUUGUCUCACGCCCGUCCCCAGGCACCACCACCAGUCCCAACGUGGUGGCUCUUGAACAGCUGGACCCCUCAUCGUCGUCGGUGA